AUGCAUGACGGCUGGAUUAGGCUGUGUUUUGAAGCACGAUUCAUUUGAUCGUGCUGAAAACAAGAAUGACGCUACUCGACGGCGUUGUGGCCAACUAUCAGCUCCUCACGCAGGAAUGGAGCAAGAAGACGCCGAACCUGGAGAAAUGCGGAGAGCUGUUAACAAAGCUCAAGGUCACACUGACACAGCUGCCUUUCCUGCCAACUUCUAAUACCUCAGUAACGAAGCGGGAGCUUCUGGUUGCACGGGACAUCCUGGAGAUUGGUGCCCAGUGGAGCAUUGCCACGCGCGACAUCCCUUCCUUCGAACGCUACAUGGCGCAGCUCAAGUGCUAUUACCUGGACUACCAGAACGACCUUCCCGAGUCGGCCUACAAGUAUCAGCUCCUGGGUCUGAACCUCCUCUGCCUGCUGGCCCAGAACAGGGUUGCGGAGUUCCACACUGAGUUGGAGCUCCUCCCAGCCAAGGAGAUCCAGAGCAACGUGUACAUCAGCCACCCGGUCUCGAUGGAGCAGUUUCUCAUGGAGGGCAGCUACAACAAGGUGUUCCUGUCCAAGGGCAAUGUGCCCUCACCCAGCUACACCUUCUUCACGGACAUCCUGCUGGACACCGUGCGGGACGAGAUAGCCAGUUGCGUGGAGAAGGCUUACGAGCGCAUCUCGGGGCCAGACGUCACCCGCAUGCUCUUCCUCGAGGCACCCCGCCAGACCGCCGCCUACGCCACCAAGCGCGGCUGGACGCAGGCGAGCAACACGUACCAGUUCAGCACGGAAGUGAAGCACACGGACGACGUCAUCCCCACGGAAGACCUGGCGGCCCAGACUAUAGGCUAUGCCAGGGAACUCGAGAUGAUAGUCUAGGAGCCAAAUCGACGAGCAGAGAGGGACUGCCCACGUUUGUUUUUUGUUGCUUUUCUAACACCAACGCUCGUCGACCCUUUUCCUUCAGUCUGUGUGCCACAACAACUGCGGGCCUCCACUCUGUGUGGCCGGCCAGAUACAGGGGCAAGCCUCGAACGCGGGUGCAACGCCGGAUUAAAGAGAGGUGUUGUCGACGUCAA